AUAUAACGCCGCGACGCGUUGACGUCUUGAAAAACAAUAAACGAUUCGUGUAUGUAUGACAACGCCAGUUUUAUGUAACUUAUAUUUAUCAAACAAUAUCAGGUGUGUUUAGUAUCAGUUCACCUAUUUGUGUCCAAGACGACGAUCAUACGGACGAUUUCUUAAGAUUAAAAUCGGAAUUCAUCAUAUUUUUGGGAAUGCAAAAUGAGACGUCAGAGCAAUUGGAUGAUCAAUCACAGACAGCCGGGUCAUCAAAUGAUAAUAAAGCUCCGGCAAAUGCGCCAUCCCCGAUGACCAGCGAGAUCCUGGCGUUCCUAAAGGGCGGGCCGCAGCUGGCCUCGCUGGUGCGGACUGCGCCGGGAUGCUCCUCCCCCGAACCCUCGACAUCCUCGUCUCCAACGGGUUCCGAUAAGACAGACAACCACGAUCUGUUCACCAGGAACUUGGCCGAUAUGAGACGCGAAGACGAACGGAUCAAGACCUUCGAGAACUGGCCCGUGCCAUUCCUGUCGCCGGAGCUACUGGCGCGGAACGGGUUCUACUACCUCAAGAGAGGCGACGAGGUCAGGUGCGCCUUCUGCAAGGUCGAGAUCAUGAAGUGGAUGGUCGGCGACGACCCCGCCACGGAUCAUCAGCGCUGGGCGCCGCAGUGCCCGUUCCUCAGGCGGCAGGCGGCCUCCGGGAACGUACCCAUAGAGGACGGGGGGCGCGACGAAUGCGGCGUUCACGUACCGCCACCGGCGCCCACGCCCGUGAGGAUGCCGGGUCCCAAACACCCACACUACUCGUCGGAGGACGCCCGCCUGAGAACCUUCAGCGACUGGCCGCGGAGUAUGCGCCAGAAGCCCGAAGAGCUGGCCGAAGCCGGAUUCUUUUACACAGGCCAGGGUGAUAAAACUAAAUGCUUUUUCUGCGACGGCGGUCUCAAGGACUGGGAGAAUGACGACAUCCCCUGGGAACAGCACGCUCGCUGGUUCAGUAGGUGCGCUUACGUUCAGCUCGUCAAGGGCAGGGAGUACAUAGAGAAGGUGAUCGCUCAGGCCGAAGCCGAGAACAGCACCCACAAGGAGGACGCGGACCCGAAGGUGGAAACCAAGACCAAGGACAAGCCCAGGAGCGAGGACGACAGCAAGCUGUGCAAGAUCUGCUACAACGAGGAGCUGAACAUAUGUUUCGUGCCAUGCGGACACGUGGUCGCGUGUGCCAAAUGCGCGCUCUCCACGGACAAGUGUCCGAUGUGCCGCAGGACGUUCACGAAUGCCGUUCGUUUGUAUUUCUCGUGAGGUGUUGUCGAGUGGGAUCCGACCCUAGUCAGCCCGGGCCGCGCGUGCUGGAACCACGUGUCGCAUGCUACUGUGAUCCGAUGCUAUGGAUGUGCGACCGCUGGGUGUCAACGGCAGCCGGUUUGGACGAAGAUGUUAAUUGUAGAUUGAAAUGUAAUUUUUUUUUUUUAAUUAUUUAUUUCGUUUCCGCGAACGUCACCUGUAUAUAAUUAAUUAAAUGUAAAUAUUAGCUUAUCAUUCUGUUCCACCGACGGGUGCGUGGUGCGCCCGCGAAGUCUGAGGGUUGAGUUUGAGGCGGUCACUGUGUAUCGUCUCGCAGGAGUCCGCUGUGAGGUGAGCCGGCUCCGUCCUCGGCUCUGUUCAUAACGGACUGCAUGCGAUGUGUGCGAGCUCUAGCGGGCUUAAAUGAUUUAAUGUAAAAAUUUUCAAUAAUGUAAAAUUGUAUUUGAAUGGUUUAUGUAAGAGAUGCUAUCUUUUCGAUGUGAAUCGGCACAAGUCUAUCAUUUUGUGUGGAGACGAACAAAUGACUCGGAUGUUAAACAAUGGUUCCUGUAAAUAUCUUAUUUUGACAAUAACAGCGAUUGCAUUAGGUAGACGUAAUGAUAAGCGGAGUAAGGUUAUCGGAAGAUUUCAUUCAGAAUUGUAAUAUGUGUGCGGACCCUCCCCGGGCCGGGGUCCGCGGCCGGGUCCGCGCGGACGGUCCGCACUGUAAUUUAAUUAAUAGCAAUACUAAUUCAGACUUAACGUGGACAUUCUAUAAUCAUGAAAUUAGUCAUAUCACGUACAUUACACUGCUAAAUAGUAAAUGUAUCGCCAGAACUGAUUUUUGUUUUUUUUUUAAUAGUUUUAGCCUUACAAUUAACUUUAUCACAGAAUAAUUAUUGAGAGAACAUAUAAGUCACAUCCAAUUGCAUUAUCUAUUAUUUCUCACUGUUGAUGUUAUUAAUAAAGAUAAUAAAUGUUA